GACCCAUUUUUUUUCGUUACGUUUAAUCUGAGUUGAAAGAUGUCUGCGGGACGGUAGUGGAGUGGUUGAGUCAGUUUUGCUUUAGCUAGUUUUUCUUUUUUACUUUUUAUUUUCGUUUUAUUUCGCUCGAUGGGGUUCGAAUCUAUUAUUAGAAAGGUGCUGGCGGCGCACGAUGAAACUCCGGAGUCAGCAUGACAGGAGAGGUUCUAUCGAGUCCAGAACACUGCCGAUACUGAAAGAAUCGUCCACUGUAAUGCAGACUAACCCAAACGAGCUUAACAUUCAGGCGGGCAAUGGCUUAUCUCUAACCCUCCAAGCGGAGCCGCUAACCAGCCCCGGGUCCUCGCAGCCUGAAGAGGUGCACAUUCCCAUCUCCUGUGCCCACGGAGAGCCCAGCGGGAGGCCGGCGAACCGGCGACCCAGGACCGCCGCUCACGGCCACGGCCACUCCCACGGCCACGGCCGCCCCCACUCGCGCAGCGAGCUCGAACCCGAGUCGGGGGAUUCCGAUCCGGAACCCGGGGAGCCCAGUAGUUCCCUUUCGGAGCUGCGCUACCUCUUCCGAUGGGUCCAGAAAAGCCUCCCUUUUAUCGUCAUCGUGUGUGCCAAACUAGUUAUUCAGCACGCCCUGGGUAUAGCUGUAGGCGUUGGGUUGCUGACAACCUUUCUGUAUGCAAAUAAAAUCAUUCAGAACCAAGUCUUUUUGCAGGAGCGCCGUUCCACACUGGAGUGUGCAUGGCUGCUGUUCUUCCUGACAGCUUCGAGCCUUCUUCUGUAUUACACGUUCCAGGCCGAGACCCUUUACUACUGCUUAAUCUUUGUCAAUCCUGGCAUUGAAUCCCUGGGGUUCUGGGAUGUUUUAUGGGCCGUAGGAGUAACGAACUUCAUGUUGAAGUUCAUAUUCAUGGGACUGAAGUGCCUUAUUCUGUUCUUGCCAUUCAGCCUUCUGGCUUUCAGAUCGCGGGGCCGGUGGUACAUGCUGACAGAGGAGAUGGGCCAGGUUUACCAGACAGUGGUUCCUGUCCCUAUGUGGUUCCGUUACCUGAUCACCUAUCAGGAAGUGGACGGCUCGACAGGAUUGACACUGGGGAUAUUUCUAGCCUUGGUCUACCUCAUACUGAAGCUCCUUGGACUAUACGGCCAGUGGGAAUCAUUUCAUAAGAUGCUCCGGAUCUUUUUCAGCGAGGAGCACCACGGAGCAGCGGCCACGAAGAGCCAGUGCAGCGAGGCGGGGGACGCCUGUCCGAUCUGCCAGGCCGAGUUCAGGCAGCCGCGGGUCCUGCUCUGCCAGCACAUUUUCUGCGAUGAAUGCAUUUCGCUGUGGUUUAAUCGUGAGAAGACCUGCCCAUUGUGUCGGACUGUGAUCACCGAUAAAGUCCACAAGUGGAAAGAUGGUGCAACAUCCCCUUAUUUACAGAUCUACUGAUGGACUUGAACGCAAAAGGGUUAAGAAAAUUAGCAUGUAUAUAGCACAAGGAGUCAGCAGGGGGCAAGGCCACACAAUCUGGGGGAUAUUUCAUCUGUGUUGUUGUCAUAGGUCUUCGGAAUCUGAAUGGGACCAUCAUGUAAGUGGGGGAAAAAAAUUCUGACUUUAAUUUCUUGGGGCUUGUACCAGCCUUAAAAAAACUCUUAGAUUGGUGCUGCUUUUUCUUCAAGUGUAGAUUUCAGUAUCCCCAUCUAGAAAGGACAAAAUGGGACUUUUUCUUUCUGCAGGCAUGUGGACUUUGCAUUCACCUUUCACAUUUCAAUUCUGCUGUACUUCACAUGGAUGAUUAGGGAUUUAAGUUUUUUUUUUU